AUGGUGAGUUGAAAUUGAAAAAAAAAAGAGUGCAAAAAAAAUUGCAGCCAGCUGACUUUUGUUUUGUAAACAAACAAAUCUCUCGCAUAAACAUUUUUUGUUCAUUGAAUUAAAAUGGAAAAAAAUCACACAAAAUACAAUAAAUCCUUUCAGGAUGAAACUAAUUUAAUCAAUUUCUCAUUUUGCGACUACAAAUCGUCAUUUGAGCCAUUACUUGUAGGCCGUGAUCAACGUAUGACCAUAAUAGAAGAUCGCGUAGAUUUCUGGAAAUUUGUCAACAAAUAUGAAACAAUGCUCAAGAAUUUGGGCCAACCCAUAUUAGCUUCUCCCUUAGAAGAAGAUAAAUAUAGUGAUAAUACACCCAGUCACAAAUUGAAAUGUAUAAGUUUGCAAUUAAAUGAUGAAGGUAAAGCAAAUAAGGCCACUUUGGAACACCGCCAUUAUUCAGGAGAAUCUAAUGUGACUCCGUUAAGAAUAAAACAAUUUCAAGAAAUUAUUGUUAUAUAUUUGGAUUUUAAACAAAAAGAAAGAUUUGCUAAAAUUAAAAAAUUAAGAAAGAGCCAAAAAUCUCUACCAAUAUGGAAAUUUAAGAAAUCCUUACGCUGCUCACUGGAGGAGACACGAGUUUUAAUAAUUGCCGGUGACACUGGAUGUGGUAAAUCGACUCAAGUGCCUCAAUAUUUAUAUCAAUUUGGUUAUAAAAGUAUUGCGUGUACACAACCAAGGCGUCUAGCUUGCGUUUCUCUAUCAAAACGAGUUGCUCAUGAAAUGUUAGAGGACUAUGGUUCUAGGGUUGGAUUCCAAAUAAGAUUUGAAAAAAAUAAAACCAUGCAUACAAAUAUCCUUUUCAUCACAGAAGGUUUACUCCUUAGACAGCUGGCUCUUGAAACUAAUCUCGACCAAUAUGAUGUUUUAAUACUCGAUGAAAUUCAUGAACGAAAUCUCUUUGGCGACUUCCUGUUAGGUGUAACUAAAUGUCUUUUGCGUGCUAAACCAGACUUAAAGCUGAUUCUUAUGUCGGCUACUAUAAAUGUUGAAUUAUUUCAUAAUUAUUUUCAAGAAGAAGGUGCUAAACUUUUACAAGUUCCAGGAAGACUGUAUCCCAUCAAAACGUUAUUUAUGCCACCGCCAGCUUUAGAACUGCAAGGCAAAGGUUCAUCACGUUCACAACAAACUUCCAGUCGCUUAGAUCCAGCACCAUUUGUUCAAGUACUAAAUUUAAUUGAUCAAAAGUAUUUACCAAAUGAACGGGGUGAUGUUUUAAUAUUUGUCAGUGGAGUAAAUGAAAUCACUACAGUUUGUGAUGCAGCCAAAGAAUAUGCAGAACAACAAUCACAUUGGAUUAUUUUACCUCUACACAGUGGUCUGUCUUUAGCUGAUCAAGAUAAGGUAUUUGACUAUGCUCCCGAGGGAAUGCGUAAAUGUAUAGUAUCGACAAAUAUUGCUGAAACAUCUUUAACCGUAGAUGGUAUACGUUUUGUCAUAGAUUCUGGCAAAGUUAAAGAAAUGUCUUAUGAUGCUUCCUGUAAAGGUCAGAGACUUAAAGAGUUUUGGGUAUCAAAAUCCUCCGCUGAACAGCGAAAAGGACGUGCUGGACGUACAGGACCAGGAACUUGCUUUCGUUUGUUUUCGGAAAAACAAUAUGCCGCAUUUGAGGCAUAUCCAACGCCAGAAAUAUUUCGUGUACCACUUGAUACCAUACUGCUGCAAAUGAUAUCAAUGGGUUUGCCAAAUGUUCGACAAUUUCCUUUUAUAGAAUCUCCCGAAGAGGAGAACAUUGAACAAACUAUAUUGGGUUUAAAACAACAUAAUGCCUUAACUCCUGAUGAAAAAAUAACAGCUUUGGGAAAAUCUCUUUCAAAUUUACCUGUUGAAAUUUCUAUUGGAAAAAUGUUAUUAAUGGGAUGCGUUUUUCCAGAUGUAGAAAAGAUAUUAACUUUGGCCGCAGUUAUGAGUGUUCAAAAUCCAUUUACUAAUCGUGCCUAUACUGACCCCAGAUGUGAAGAAGCUCGUUCCGAAUUAGAAUCGGACCAAGGAGAUGUUUUUACCUUAAUGCGCGCCUAUCACGAAUGGUUACAAAUCAAAUGGGAAAGAGAAAAUUCUCGCAAAUGGUGCCAUAAAUUAGGCAUAGAAGAACAAAGAUUUUAUGAAAUUACCAAAUUGCGAAAUCAAUUCCAAAAUAUUUUGGAGUCUUGUAAUAUGACUACAAGUAAAGCAACUGAAGAGCUCUCAAGAUCGGAAAGAGGCCGACGCCAUGGUGAAGUGCGCAUGUUAAAAGCAAUCAAGCGCAAACAGAAAUAUCAAGAACCACGAAAACGCAAGCUACUAAAACAUCAUGCAGGUGAUGAUGGCGAAGAUGAUUUUGAAGAUGCUGCAGAUGAUAUACGUGAUGUAGAUUUUCGUCUCUAUAACGAUAGUGCAAAACUUGAGGUUUUACUUAACUCAUCCAAAACGGAUAAGUUGCGUGAUGUUCUUUUAUUAAAACUUAUUAUAGUUAGCGGCUUUUAUCCACAAAUAGCCAUUUCCGAUGAAUUUAAUUACUGCAAGGGUGGAACUCAGCAAUUUUUUCAUACUUUUUUAAAGCCUUUCAUAUCUAUACAUCCUAAUUCAUAUUUUGCUAAAGCUUUUGAUAUUCUUAAAUUGAAUGACAGUGAUAUUUUGGAUAAACCUGCGUAUUAUACACCCAAACAAGUAUUAAGUGAAAGGCAUCAAGUUUUAUGUUAUCAAAAUUUAUUAGAGACAGCCAAACCCUAUUUGAUGAAUUGCAUUCGUAUGCCAGCUGCCCAAUGUUUGCUUUUAUUUUCUUAUAGUAUCGAUACGAAUGCUUCCAUUACUCGUUUAAUUUGUGACUCUUGGUUGUGUUUGGAAUUUCCCACACCAGAAGCAGGCUGUGAAUUAUUACAAAGGGCCAUUAAAUUGCGUAGAUUAUGGAAUAAACUGUUAAUGGAUAAAUUAACUGACUUAGAACUAAAUGUAGAAAACCAGUUAAAUCGAAAGUCGUCAUCUAAAUCAAAUACAUACACUGAAGAGGAUUUGUGGCAUAAAUUAAUUGAGCUUAUGAGUGCCAAUGUUCCUUAUACCAUUAAACGACUACUGCCGGCAGAUUUAAAAAAUAUAUACAAUCAUGAAACUCCAGCAGAUGUGGAGGAAAAAUUCAAAACUAAUCCAUUUGAUAAGGAUUAUGAAAUAACAAUAAAUUUGGAGAAAGGUGGCAUAAAUAUUUCCGAAAAUGUAGUUUAUAAUUGCCUGCAGGAACAGCAAUGGUGUCUAAAUAUGGAUUUAGAAUUGAGUACACAUAUGUGGACCUGUAACUAUUGUGACUAUGAAAUGGAGUUUAAUGUUAUUGAAAAAUUAUUGCAUAAAACAAAUUGUACAAAACGUCAAAGAUAUUACCAAAAAAAUGCGGAUGAAACAUUGUCAACAUCAUCCCAUAAAAACAGCAGCGGUAGCAGCAGUAAGAACAAAAUAAAAUAUAAGUGUCCCACAUGUUCCAUUGAAUUAUUCUUAAGUCAAAUUGAUAUUUUAAAACAUAAGAAAUCUUGCAGAUGAUAAAUAAAAUACAAAUCCUUUUUAUCUCUACAACGAUGACAAUAAAUACAUGAUU